AGGAGACUGAGGCAGGGCCGGCGGCAGUGCGCGGCAGACUGGACGCCGGGUUGUGAGCCCGCCCGGCGCCGCCGCUGCGUCCGCCGCAGCGCACCGCAGUCGGGCUCAGAAGACCCAGGCCGGGACUGAGCGUUGAUGUGACGGGCGAAGAGCCCCCUUCUUCCUGGCCCCCCGACCUGCCUGAGUAGUUGGGACAAAGAACCGAGAAAAAGGCGGGCUGAGCCCCGGGGGUGGCGAGCGGACCAGCCCGAGAAAUGUCUUUCCUCCAGGACCCAGGUUUCUUCACCAUGGGGAUGUGGUCCAUUGGUGCGGGAGCCCUGGGGGCUGCUGCCUUGGCACUGCUCCUGGCCAACACAGACGUGUUUCUGUCCAAGCCCCAGAAGGCAGCACUGGCGUAUCUGGAGGAUAUAGACCUGAAAACACUGGAGAAAGAACCAAGGACUUUCAAAGCAAAGGAGCUAUGGGAAAAGAAUGGAGCUGUGAUUAUGGCUGUGCGGAGGCCAGGAUGUUUCCUCUGUCGAGAGGAGGCUGCAGACCUGUCCUCCCUGAAACCCAAGCUGGAUGAGCUGGGUGUCCCCCUCUAUGCGGUCGUGAAGGAGCAGAUCAGGACUGAGGUGAAAGACUUCCAGCCUUAUUUCAAAGGAGAAAUCUUCCUGGAUGAAAAGAAGAAGUUUUAUGGUCCCCAAAGACGGAAGAUGAUGUUUAUGGGAUUUAUCCGUCUGGGUGUGUGGUACAACUUCUUCCGGGCCUGGAAUGGAGGCUUCUCUGGAAACCUGGAAGGCGAAGGCUUCAUCCUUGGGGGAGUUUUUGUGGUGGGAUCAGGAAAGCAGGGCAUUCUGCUCGAGCACCGAGAAAAAGAAUUUGGAGACAAAGUAAACCCACUUUCUGUUCUGGAAGCUGCUAGGAAGAUCAAACCACAGACUUUGGCCUCAGAGAAAAAAAUGACCAUGUGAAACUGCCCAGCUCAAGGAUAACCAGGGCACUCACCUGUCUUUGUAGGAUGUGUUGUUUCUGCUUGUGUCUCCAAGGAGUUAGAAACCCACUUAUAGCAUAUUCUCAGUAUGGAUUAUUAACAUAUUUUAAUAUUGUAUUCUCUUUAGUCCCAGCAAGGCAAAAUAGCUUAAAAACAAGACUGACAAAAACCUAAAAAUCUAGUGAGGAUUAUUUUAGCUAAAACCUGAAAAAUACAAGGUUUAAAGUUGACCACUGCAUUUCGUUACAAUUGUUUAUGGUAUUUGACUGCUGUUAUUUGAAAUUAUUUUUAUUUUUAUGUCUUCAGAAAGUUGGUGAUUGACUUGAAGAUUAGAGAAUGUAAGAUUUUUGGCUUGUAUGUUUUCUAUUAGUAACUUGUUAUAUAAUGUCAUUCUCAAAUUGAUAUGUUCUGGGAUGGUUGGAUAAAGGCAAAUUAUAAAGUGAAUCUCUUGUCUCAAUGUCCUCCAUUCUAAUCUCAGAAAUUGUUUUUCUAGAAGAAAUGAUGACCUCUGGCUCUAAUAAAAUUGUGCAUCAGAAGUUACCUGUAUACACAAGUUUUUCUGAUAAAACUAAUAAAAAUAUUUAUCGUAAUGAGGCUGAAAGUGAAAAA